UAUUUAAUAAAAAAAUGUUAAGUUUAAUAAAAAAUGUUUAAUGAUUUUUUUUCAAGAUCCCUAAAUUAAGAACCUUGCAAUGAACCACUAAAAUGUGUGGGUUUCUUAACCUUGUCUCUUAUUUCACUUUUUGUUAUUAAAUGCAUUAAAAAGUAAUAAGAACCCCUAAUAUGAGUCUUUGCAAUAAUCAUGCUCUAAGGAGAGAACAAUGAGGUAAAAAAGAGAAAUAUAACAUAUGGAAAAAUUAAAUAAGUUAAAUCAGAAAAACAAAAAAAAGAAAAAAAUAUAAUAAAACAGUGUAACAAGUGUAAAUGGGGGAUUUGAACCUCGGUUAAUGUGGGGGCAAAGAAAAGGUUUUAGCCAACAAUGCUGGUAGAUAUAUGUUUCUCUAGUGAAGAUAAAUUAAGUUGUAAUUUUUUGUGGGGGCAGCUGCACCCACCCUGAACUUAGUAGAUCCGCCCCUGCAUCUCAUCUUCCUUUGACACCACCGUUGUUCCCCACGUAGGACUUUCCCGCAUAUCAAAGCAUGCCACAUAUGCACAAUCUCCACCUCACAUGAUUUUACAUCAAGUAGUUAUUUUUAUUACAAAAUUUACUUUUAUUGUUCUAUAAUGGGUUCUCUAGAGCCACACACAACGCAAGUUAAAAUAUUUACAAAAUCUAAGAAUUAUGGUCCAAGUAAAUAAUUCGCCUAUAAAAUUAUGUCUUUCUCAGACCAAUGCAUUUUUAUAUUUUAAAGUAAACAAACAAAACAAGUGGUUGAGGCGAGACCCAGUAGACUUGUAUUAAGGUCCAGACAUAUCUCAGGUGGCUCACGUGGCUCCUAAGAGCACCUUUAACGCGGUGUAUUAAGUCGCGUUUCUAGGGUAUUUAGGUUUAAAAAAAAAGAAAAAUGGGUAAUUAUACAAGAGAUGCCUCUUAAUUAAGAGGCAGAAGAGACGGGUUUUAUGUGACACGUGUCACACAUUCACGCUUCUUUCUCUCUCUUUUGCAGGAUCGUCUUCUCUCAUUCUCUCUUGACUCCUCGACGACACCGACUCUAUCUGGUGAUAUCUCCUCGACGAUGCUCUCUCCUCGACGAAAUCUCUCGUCGAUGGAAUCAGUCGGCGUCUCUCUCGGGGGUAUCCAGAUUUACUUCUCUCUCUGUAUAAACUCCAUAGCUCGUCGUAUUGGGAGUAGAAGUAAUCAAUCGUUAGAACAUGGCUGGAUAUGGGGGAAAGUAGGGCGAGCUGGUUUGGAAGAAGCGAGCAUCUGUUUGCUCAAUUGUGGGCCCACUGGAUCCGAGGCGUUGAAGAAUCUCGUUCUCGGUGGAGUUGGGAGCAUCACCAUCGUUGAUGGAUCUAAAGUCGAGCUUGGUGACCUUGGAAACAACUUCAUGGGAGCACACUAUAAUUGACUCAAAGCCUGAUCAUUUUCUUGAUGACCUUCGCUUGAAUAAUCACGGCGUGUCACAGACUUGUCACCGAGGAAGAAGCAUUGUAGACUACUCUUUUGUAAUUUUGUGUUGUCUAGUCUAGUAUUUUGUAAUUUUGUGUUCUCAUGUGUGUUCACGGACUUUUCUUUUGUAAUCCAUGCUUUUGACAGACUUUUGUAUGCUUGUGUAGUCUAGUAGUUGGUGUUGUCGAGUCUAGUUUGUAUUCUCCUUCAUGUUCUCCUUUUGUAUGCUUGUGUAAUCUCGUUUAUAAAGUUUGUAUUCUCAUUCAUGUUCUUUAUAAAACAACUUCUUUCUCUCA